ACUUGUUUUUUUACACAACAUGAGUAUAAAUAAUACUUGCUAAUUAGUUUUGUAACGGAAACUGGGCGAACUCGCACUUUUUCCUCUUGCAUGCACAUUUGUGUGAAGCUCCAAUGGCUGUGUUUGUGGAGAAAUUUGGACGAAGAGAGGAAUUUCAGUCAUUCCCAAACAUUGAGAAAAACAUGAGCUACGCUAAUGUCGAGGUAGUCGACAGCGCUGGUCCUGUGAGUCAAGUAAACUACACCAACACCGGAGAAGUAGUUGUCGACCACAUUGUGCAAAGUGAUAAUGAAGGUUAUGCCAACAUAAGCAAUUACAAUAAUGUGGACAAUAAUACAGAGGUGACGAGAGACGAGAAUGCGGCGAUGAUAGAUUAUGAGAAUUUGGGAUCAUGGAGAAAUCGAGACUCAAAUGAAAUUACAUCAGUCCCUGAGCAAGAAGUAAGGACAGGGAAUAAUAAUGUGGCGGCGUCCCCCGAGAGCACAGGAGGAGCAGGAAUUUUUGCCCCAGCUGAACAAAAGGACAAACCUGGUUCAAAAAUGUUGUUUGAAAUUGAGGACGUUCCUCCGUGGUACCUCACCAUCUUUUUGGGCUUCCAGCACUAUUUGAUGAUGGCAGGAGCAACGCUGAGCAUCCCACUCGUCCUAAUGCCAAAAAUGUGCAUGCCAAAGGAUGAUCCUGACCUGGGCAACAUAAUCUCGACCUAUCUCUUUGUCUCCGGAAUGGUCACCAUUCUCCAAACUACGUUCGGCAUUCGACUCCCUGUAAUCCAAGGUGGAAGUUUUGCAUUCAUUCUGUCCGCACUCUCUAUUCUGGAUGGAGAACGGUGGAAAUGUGAACUUCACCCAGAAGAAGAUUCCGAUCCUACAGAAAAAUGGCAGGCAAGGAUGCGUGAGGUCCAGGGAGCAAUUAUCAUGGCCUCAUUUUUUCAAAUGUUCCUUGGAUUCUUUGGGGUUUUCGGGUACAUCAUGCAGCGAAUUACGCCCAUAACGUUGGCGUCCUCAGUGAUAACGAUUGGCCUGUCUCUAUUUAAUGCAACAACUCGCUUCGCAGCGGAGGACUGGAUCAUGUCCACCCUCACCAUUGUCCUCGUUGUCCUGUUCUCACAAUAUCUUCGUCAAGUGAAGAUUCCAAUCCCCUUUACCGUCAACGCCAAAAAGACUGGACCCUUUAGGUACCCAAUGUUCCAGUUGUUUCCUGUGCUCCUUGCCAUUGUCUGCAUGUGGGCGUUGUGUGGCGUUCUCUCAGUCUCGGGAGUCUACUCACCUGGACAUCCUUCUCACACCGGGGUCAAGUGGAACAUUGUGACCAACUCCGAAUAUUUCAGGGUUCCAUAUCCAUUCCAGUGGGGCAUUCCCACCUUCAGCCCGAGUUCAGGCCUGGGUUUCCUAUCUGCUGUUUUUGCUGGGGUGGUGGAGUCCUUGGGGGAAUAUCGGGCCAUUUCAAGAAUUGUGCGUGCUCCACCUCCGCAGAAGCAUGCGAUAAAUCGAGGCGUGUUCAUGGAGGGCGUGGGAUGCUUUUUAAUGGGCCUUUUUGGAACUGGGAAUGGGACGACGUCGUACAGUGAAAAUACAGGGGCACUCAGCAUUACAAAAGUGGGGUCACGACGUGUCAUUCAAACGGCAGGGUUUCUCAUGAUGGUUUUCAGCAUGUUUUCUUUUCUGGGAGCUUUUUUUAUGUCGCUUCCAAAUCCAAUUAUUGGAGGAAUUUUAUGUGUAACUUUCUCCAUGAUUGUGGCAAUUGGAAUCUCCAACUUGCAAAAUGUAGAUUUGACAUCCACCAGAAAUAUCUUCAUUGUUGGAUUCUCUGUAUUUUUUGGAUUGGCUAUGUCCAAAUGGAUGGAGGAUGGGAGCAAUCAACGCUUAAUCAACACGGGAAACAUUGAGUUGGACAAUACUAUUCGCAUUUUUCUCAGCACUGGAAUGUUCCUAGCCGCCGUGAUAAGCUUCUUCCUAGACAAUACUAUCGGAGGUACGGACGAGGAACGUGGCAUCGUCAAAAUGAAGACACCCUUGCGCCGAAAGGGCGACAACAUCAGUAGUCGAGCUGGUCCACCGCUGGGGGAAGUGUAUGAGAUUGAUGCCCUACAAGACGAGGAAGGUGUCGAGGGUGUGGUGGACCUGGACAUACCCCAAGACACCACUUACGACCUCCCCUUCGGGAUGAAAUUUCUCCAAAAGUAUUCCCGAAUUUCGUCUCUCUUCCCAAUUUCACCUACGUUUCAAGGCUUCUCAACUUGGAGGCUCUUUUCUAAACGCCGUCAGGAUUUCCCCAUCGGAAUGAAAACGUCAUAAAUUCAUACUUCACAUAUAAACAACUUUUUUACUUCUUUUACUUUGGUAUAUUUUACACAUUCCUAAAAAUAAAGUUUGUUAUGAAUGCAAAAAUG